AUGAGGGUUCCGGUUAUGGCGAAUCCAACCAGGAACGCCCAGUUCCGUUCAGCUGCCGGAGUUAGGUUCUUUGAGUUCAGGUUUGGCCGGAAGGUGCUGGCAAUGGCUACAGCAACAUAUCCACCACCACCACCGUAUUAUAAGCUCUACAAAGAUUACUUGCAAGAUCCCAAAUCAGCUCCGGAGCCGCCCCCUCCGAUUGAAGGGACAUACAUUUGCUAUGGUGGCAAUUACACUACUGAUGACAUUCUUCCGAGCUUGGAAGAUCAGGGAGUGCGUCAACUCUAUCCAAAAGGCCCAAACAUUGAUUUUAAGAAGGAACUGAGGUCACUUAACAGAGAAUUGCAGCUGCACAUUUUGGAGCUGGCUGAUAUUCUUGUAGAGAGACCAUCACAGUACGCAAGGAGAGUAGAAGAUAUAUCUCUUAUCUUCAAGAACUUGCAUCAUCUUCUCAACUCAUUGCGUCCACAUCAAGCUAGGGCAACGCUAAUUCACAUUCUAGAACUUCAGAUACAACGUCGUAAACAAGCUGUGGAGGAUAUAAAGAGGAGGAGAGAAGAAGCACAGAGACUUCUCAAGGAGUCUAUUGGAACGUUGGAGGACACCGGCGCAUCUUUUGUGCUAAAGUAA